ACCACGUUGCUCUCUCUCUCUCUCUCUCUCUCUCUCUCUACCAGCCAGCCCUGGCGACGAACCCCAGCGCUGCAUGCGGCGAAGUCUUGCCCUCCAUGUCUGUCGCGUCCAUUCGCCAGCCCCAGUGGACUUCGCACCGCCGCCUCCUCGAGCAGAAGGUCGCCGAGCUCCACCGGUGCUCCGACCACCACCACCUGCGGCAAAUCCAAGCUCAAAUCCUCAAGGCUGACCUCCACCGCGACCCCUUUGUCGCUCCCAAGCUCAUUUCUGCUUACUCCCUCUGCCGCCAGAUCCUCCCCGCCGUCGCUGUCUUCCGCCAGGUCCCUCAUCCCAACACCCAUCUCUUCAACGUCCUCAUCCGCGCUUUCGCCGACAACUCUCAGUCCUCCCGGGCCUUCACCACCUUUGCCCAGAUGCAGAAAUGCGACGCGUUUCCCGAUAAGUUCACGUACUCGUUCCUACUCCGGGCCUGCUCUGGUCCUUCCGCCUUCGCCCGCGUCCAAAUGAUCCACUCCCACGUCCUAAAGCUAGGAUUUUUAUCGGAUAUCUUCGUCCCUAAUGCGCUCAUUGAUUCAUAUGCCAAGGCUGGCGUUGCCACCAUCGCCGACGCUAAGAAGGUCUUCGAUGGAAUGCCACAGAGAGAUGUUGUGUCUUGGAAUUCAAUCCUCGCUGGCUUGCUGAGAGCUGGAGAGCUGAAGGAGGCACGUCAGCUUUUCGAUGAUAUGCCUGAGAGGGACAUUAUCAGUUGGAACACUUUGCUGGAUGGGCUUGCCAAGGCUGGCGAGAUGGAUCAUGUUUUCAACUUGUUUAAUAGAAUGCCGGAGAGAAAUGUUGUGUCGUGGUCGACGGUGGUGUCAGGAUAUCGCAAGGCAGGAGACCUGGACAUGGCGAGGAUGCUGUUUGAUAGGAUGCCAGUCAAGAACUUGGUCACUUGGACUAUAAUGAUAUCUGGUUAUGCUGAAAAGGGACUGUCGAAAGAGGCUUCUGUUUUGAUUGAUCAGAUGGAAGAAGCAAGAUUGGAGCCUGAUGUUGCUGCAACCGUGAGUAUAUUGUCUGCUUGCGCUGAGUCCGGCUUGCUAGGUAUCGGUCAACGGAUCCAUUCCUAUGUAAAAAGAAGCAAAUUGAGGUUUGUCACCCAUGUGUGCAAUGCGCUGAUCGAUAUGUAUUCGAAAUGUGGGUGUCUUGACAAGGCAUGGAGUGUCUUUAAAGGAAUGGUCGAGCGAGAUACGGUUUCCUGGAAUUCUAUAAUUCAAGGGUUAGCCAUGCAUGGGCAUGGAGAGAUGGCUCUUGCUCUCUUUGUUCGGAUGAAGAGAGAAGGCAUCAUGCCCGAUGGUGUGACAUUUAUCAGUGUUCUAUGUGCUUGUACACACAUGGGACUCAUCGAAGAGGCUCGUUGUCACUUUUACAGUAUGGAAAGAGACUAUGGCAUUGUCCCUGAGAUAGAGCACUAUGGUUGUUUGAUCGAUAUCUUAGGACGCGGAGGACUUCUAAAGGAGGCAUUUGACCUUGCAAAGGCCAUGCCUUUAGAGCCCAAUGCAAUCAUAUGGGGCAGCCUUUUAGGUGCAUGCAGAGUGCAUAACAAUGUAGAUCUUGCUGAAGAGGCAGUCGAUCAGUUGACAAAAUUGGAAAUUUCGGAUGCUGGGAAUUAUGCCAUUUUGUCAAAUAUUUAUGCAGCUGCCAGGCAUUGGGAAGGUGUGGCAAUGGCUAGGAUUCAGAUGAAAGGUACAGGGCAGCAGAAGCCAGCAGGGUCCAGUUGGAUUGAGCUUGAUGAUAUGGUUCAUGAGUUUACGGUUGGGGAUAGAAAGCACCCAAAAUCUACUAGAAUUUUUGAGAUGCUUGAUAAGUUAAGCCAUCAUAUCAAGCAAGUUGGCUAUGUUCCGAAGGUAGCUUGCUUGUAUAACGCCUAAGGCAACGAACACUAAAGGUACUGUUUCUCUCUUCUUCAUGCAAGAAAAAAUUGCAGUUGUGAGUUGGACAAGUAAUUUCCAGCAUAUCAGAAUUUCAAAGCAUUGGGAUUUCAGAAGAAAUGGUAGUCUUUCAGUUACUCCCUUGCCUUCGAAACAGCAGAAAUUUAUUACAAUUCUUGGCUUCCAAUGGCUUCCAGUGGACAAUGCUGUUGAUAGAUUAAGCAAUCAAGACAAAAAUCUAAUUAUGCUGUACCGGAAGCUAUAUUCUGUAUAGAGAUCAAAGAGAUAGCAUGCCCUCCAAGGGGGCCAAAAAAAGUUUGAACAUUAUGGCUUUGCUGAUGCACCUCCCUCAUCUAAAAGCACAAAAGUGAUAAAUUAUGAAAAGCAGCAUAACGUAAGCUCUUUUCCAGGUGUUCAAGCGAAACAUAAUAAACCAUUAGCCACUGGAGAUCAUUAAGAACAGUCUCAAUCUUGCCCAUGAAGAGUCAAUCUGUGAGGAUCAAUAUGGCAACCAAACUUCUAUGAGCCUUGCAUAAUCUUUGAUGAUAUUUGGGAAGACUAUAAGUAAUAUCAAAUAUCUAUGGCUCCGGACCUAUUGACCUACAUGCCUUAUUAGGUCAUUGCUUGAAAUUU